AAAGGACUUUGGACUUGUAAUUGAGUAAAAUCUGGCAGAUCGCAGGUUCUGCACUUCUGCCUGAUUUUUGAAAACCAAUAUUUGUUUUUGUUGAGAAUUCUAUUCUGCCUUCUUGCUCCGCAGCUCAAGAAGGUGAUAUAAAUGCAUCAGGCAUGUUGAAUAAGUGGGUUGUGUGUGACGGCACGUGAUCUGACCUUGUGAAAUAAUGCACAAUGUUUUUCGCAGUUGGAAAGGAAGGAAGGAAGGAGAGGAGAAUGCUGACUUCUGUUUGGACAUAUAAUGGAAGGAAAUAUAGCACACAACGUCUGUCCUAAAUCACUCGGAUGGCUUCAGCGACAAGAUAACGAUGCAAAGCCCUGGCUCUGGAAAUUUUCUAAUUGCUUUUCAACUCCUGAACAGAAUUUCCCCCUUGCUGCAACAACGAACAAGUCCAUGGAGAGCAAGAAAGCUCCUGUAGAGUUGAAGGAAGCCCCCCCAGCUCACCACCCUCCUCUGCAGCCCUUUGCAGCUGUGCCCCUCCCCGACGUCCACUCUCUCCAGCCAAAGCAAAUCCAACUCUCACCCAACCCUAAAGUAAGCUGCUGUUCUCAUGGCUCUGAUCCCUCCCCUCGGGUCCCUCAGUUGCACUUUGGUGGCGGCAGCGGCAACAUCGGUGGUGGCGGUAACAGCGGCGGCGGCUUGAUUCACCCCGGGACGGUUUUAAACGCCCCCGGCACUGGGACGAUCACCUGGCAGAUAGGGUCAGAGUUGGCUUGCCCGUCCUCUUCUAUUUCGCUCAAGAACGGCCCGGCGAGAAGCAACAUGGCCGGCACGUGCCGGGAAAACCCUGUCCCUCCGUGCCCUCACUUUUCCUGCUGCGGGAAACUCCACUUCCAAGCCUGUCACGGUAACCUGCACAAACUGCAUCCGUUUCCCCCCCAUCCGGGCUGCACGACUCCGGGCUAUUUUUCCUGUUCUGAAUUCAGUGGGGCGGCGGGACUCUCGGAGGAGCACCUGGCCCAGCCAGAGCGCAUGCCUUGCGUUUGCACCAACUCGCUGCACCUCAAGGUUUCACCUCCCCUUUGCUUGAAGGGCUCUCACCACUGCACGGAGUGUCUCAGCAAGUCGUCCCAAGAAAAUUUAGUAGAAGCCGCUAAAAUGUGGCCGGAUAUUCCUCCUCCCAACGCCCAGGUGGCGCCCCUCUCUCUCCCAAUGUGCAACGGCUGUGGAACCAAAGGAACAAGGAAAGAGAAGAGCCUUCUCUUGGCCAGUAGCUUUGGCCAGCUGACUCCCAAACAUGGCUCUCCAGAAAUUGCGAUCUCGAACCAGUUACUGGAAAACUUGCCUCCCAUUGGGGUCUUCUGGGAUAUCGAGAAUUGUUCAGUCCCGUCCGGUCGUUCCGCCGUGACGGUGGUCCAGCGCAUCCGCGAAAAGUUUUUUAAAGGCCACCGAGAGGCCGAGUUCAUUUGCGUGUGUGACAUCAGCAAGGAGAACAAGGAAGUUAUUGAAGAGCUGAACAAUUGCCAGGUGACUGUUGCGCACAUCAAUGCCACAGCCAAGAAUGCUGCCGACGACAAACUCCGGCAAAGCCUUAGGAGAUUUGCCGAUACCCAUGCUGCACCAGCCACUGUAGUGCUUGUCUCAACCGAUGUCAACUUUGCACUGGAACUCAGCGACCUGAGGCACCGCCACGGUUUCCACAUCAUCCUGGUUCAUAAAAACCAAGCUUCGGAAGCCCUCUUGCACCACGCCCACGAGCUCAUCCGAUUUGAAGAAUUUAUUUCAGAUUUGCCUCCAAGAUUACCCUUGAAGAAAACAGCGUGUCAUACUCUGUUAUAUGUUUACAACCUGCCCACCAACCGAGAUAGCAAAAGCGUCUGCCUGAGGCUUCGGCGUCUGUCGGACAAUUGCGGCGGGAAAGUCCUGACCAUCUCUGGCAGCGGCGCGAUCCUCCGUUUCCUCAGUCAAGACAGCGCCGAGCGAGCCCAGAAGCGGAUGGAGAACGAGGACGUCUUUGGCAACAGGAUAACCGUGUCUUUCACCCCCAAAAACCGAGAGCUGGCAGAAGCCAAAAACUCAGGCUCUUCCGUGGCCGACAAGGCCAAGUCUCCCAAGAAAGUCAACCGAAACGCGAAGUUGUGUCUGAUGAGCAGAAUGGCCAACGAUUCAUCGUCCACCACCAAGGCUGUGGCCUCAAAAGGCCCUCAAGGACACGGGUCCAUUCCCAAAAACACCGCUGUUAAAAGCUUACAGGUAGGGUGCUUCCCGGUUUAUGCCUCUUUUGGUGGGGGUGGGGAAUCUAAAGCAUGCCGUCCUUGUUUUUAA